AUGGCGAAAUUUAAGAGAACAAGACUAUUGGAACAUCUUAAGAACGUCUCCUUUUGGGAUUCAUCUGUGAACGCCACGAUUAAAUUUGACAAAAACUAUGAGGUUAGUAGCCUCCUCCGCAGGCAUUUCUAUGGGUUUUAGCCUGCGAAUGGGUGUGAGAUACAUGGGGAAGGGGCUAUGAAGUUAGUCAUAGCCUAUCGAGGGGAAGAUGGCUGUGAAACUCAUUAGAAUAACAAUAUAACUCAUUAUUUAUGUUGGUCAACGUUUAUUCAUAAAUCUGGUCCUUCACCAUCACGUGUGUAUUGUAUUUUUGCCAAAUCCACCAAUAGUAAUUUCCAAUUUCCCUAUUGUUGGAGCAUUGCUAUCGGUUGGUUGGGCAAAAAUACAAUACACACGUGACGGUGAAGGACCAGAUUUAUGAAUAAACGUUGACUAACAUAGAUGAGUUAUAUUGUUAUUCUAAUGAGUUUCAUAGCCAUCUUACCUCCGAUAGGCUAUGGGUUAGUAUAAGGCAAAAAAAGUAUUCUGUUUCUGGUCAACCAAAAGAACUCGACUAACAUCCCACAGUCCUGUCGAUAACAUAUAUGCAUGUAUUACGAGCCUCUCACUCAGAUGAAUUAGGCCAGCAAUUUUACAACUUAUUAUUAUUUGAACUAUAGGUAAGAGCUAUGUAUGACAUCAUGAAUUACAGAAACCAAGAUGGCGUCAACAGAUACGUCCGCGUGGGGACCUGGGAUGGGGAGAAAGUGAAUGGCAAAAUAAAGUCGAAAUUAUCGCUUUUGCAAAACAUAAAGUGGCUUCAAGGAACGACAAAUCUUCCUACUUCCUACUGUUCGGAAAAGUGCAAUCUACAGCACGAAAUAUUUGUUAGUGUUCCCACGUUUGACUUUCAAUGUUGUUGGGAGUGUAAAAAGUGCCACAGGCUUCAAAUAGUAGAGAAUAACACAUGUCUAGAUGGCCCGUUGGGUUGGGUGCCGAAUUCCAACCGAUCCGGCUGGGUUAAGCGUAAAUUGGUCUACCCAAAAUGGAACGACGGUUUGUCCAUUGCAUUAAUCGUACUGUCCUUCAUUUCGCUGAUAUUAACAUUGUGUACCUUUGCAUUUUACAUCAAGUACAAGCAGAACCGUUUGCUGAAGGCAAGUGGAAGAGAACUGUGUUUUGUAAUGUUAACGGGCAUCGCGUUGUGUUUCAUCGUGCCUGUACUGUUCAUUGCAAAGCCCGGACCGUAUGUGUGCAAUGCGCAAGGUCUAGUGAGCGGUCUGGCAUUAGUUACAUGCUAUGCACCGUUAUUUAUGAAAGUGAACAGAAUAUACCGUAUUUUUACCACCGCAAAAGCCUCUGUAGCCAGACCGUCCUUUGUAUCACCGCGUAUGCAACUGCUUAUAACAUUCGCUCUGAUUAGCAUCCAAGUACUGUUUGCUACGUUUAUAUCCCUUGUCAACCCAGCUAAGGCGGAGGAACAUUAUAUCAGCCACAAAGAAGAACUUCUGCUUGAAUGCUACACAGACGACCUUGGGUUUACCAUUAAUCUAAGCUAUGUGUUGCUGCUGAUGUUCCUGUGUACGGCCUAUGCAUUCAAGACAAGGAAUUUCCCAAAAAAUUACAACGAAUCCAAAUUCAUCGGGGUAACAAUGUACAUAACGUGUGCCGUGUUUACAGUAUUCUUUUCCUUGCAUCACCACACAGUUCAUAGUGUACAGCACGCAUACCUCGCCUCUGGUGUCUAUAUUAUUAUUGGUUUAGUCACUCUGAUUGGUCAGUUUGGUCAGAAGGUUUUUAUCGUGCUUUAUGUAACGGAUUUGGGUGAGGAAAAUCUUACCAUGUCGACGCGAACACGCUGUUCGAUCGUAAUACAACACCAAGACGAUAAGGAAAUGAAGGAAGAUUCAGGGAAGUAG